UGACCAAAAACAAAAAACCGUCAAGUAAAAAAGCAAACAGUGAUAGAAAAGCAAGUCAUAUUCCGAUUAUUAAUUCUUGGAAGAGGCAUAUUUUCUGACUAUCGCACAAAUAGUUUUAUUUUCCGAACCAACCUGCUGCGACUGAGAUGAAAUAUUUUUUUGUUUCUUUGAUUUUGUGUCUUUUUCUGGUGGUUUCAAAUGGCUCUAGAUGGUUGAAGAAUAACGGGGAUGAUACUUCAGCUGGAUUAGGCGCCAACACCACUGGACUGAACCAUCAGUACUCCUUGAUUAGAAGUCGUAGGACUAUAGUACAGCCAACACAUCAUUGCUACAGACAAUUCUUCUUACAAGGGGAACUACCAACUGGCUUGAGACCGAAUGGUAAUCCAAACAUAAAAUACAUAUGUCAACAAUUUGAAGCGUUUAACGAUGAAACCUACUAUGCGACGAUGUUUGAUCAACAUACUGGAAUCGCUGUCUACGCUGCAUACGUUGUACCACAUGACCAGGCGCCAUUAAUCGGGACUUUCCCCAGGAUAUCGAAAUGGCUUCAGGAUCCAGACAUCAGCCACUUACGGCAGGGGAGUGACCAAAUGUAUAGUCACAACAAUCAACACAUUCAUAAAGGCCACUUGGUACCAGCACAGACCUACUCCUACGACUGUAUUGCAAUGGUGUCUACGUUCAGGUAUACCAACGCUGUGCCACAAUAUGCCGCAUUCAACAGUGGCCCGUGGAGUAGAUAUGAAGACAAAGUGAGGAAAUUUGGGGGCGUGUGCCGCCAGUACGGUGGUGACCUUUAUCUGUUGACAGGAACCUCGGAAGCUGUAUACACACCAGGGCAACCGGCGCUACAGCAACCGCUAAAAUAUUUCCCUAACAAUAACCCAAACAAUGGGCGAAACAUAGCCAUCCCUAAUUCCAUGUGGACGGCUGGCUGCUGUAUUCAACAAAAUGGCGGCAUCGCUGGGGGAUUUGCAGCGAUUGGAAACAACGUUCAACUUAAUCCUACCUUGAACCAAGUAACUGUGGAAACGCUGCAAAACAUUCUGGCCGUAGGUACUGGCAGAGGAGCGAUCGAAUUGUUUCCAGGCAGUGACAGGUGUUCAGCGGAUUCCAACCAGUAUCGGUAUAAUGACUUAGCAAUGCACGGCGGUCAGUGGACAAAGUCCAAACAAUUGCCAUAAUCAACUGUUCUACCCAGCGAACUGUUCCUGAAUCAGAUAUAAUCUUACGACAACCCAAUUAAUUAUUUUUACAUCUUGUUGAAAUAUAAAAUAAGCUAGUAAGCAAAUGAAUAAACACUAUUAAAUCAC